AUGGGGACAUUUUAUCAGCUUAGAAGGUUAAAAUUUGGUUGCGAUUCCAGAACUCCGUCUUCCGCUAACUUUGACGAAGAAACUGUUUUGCUUAAAGGAAUAACGAGAAUUGGUCGGAAUCCAGAUGCUGUUGACGUUGUUCUUAACUCAACGGUUCACGGUAAUAUGAUUUCGAGGUUGCACUCAAUAAUUGAGCUGAAGCAAGAUAAAGGACAGCAGAAGUAUGUGCUGAUUGAUAAAUCACUCAAUGGUACAUAUAUCAACGACUUUAGGGCAAAGGGAGCAACGGAUUUGAAGGUUGGAGAUAUUAUAAAAUUUGGCCAUGUAAAUGGAGCAGCAAUUAAACCAGGAUGUCAUGGACCGCAGCACAGUGCUGAAUUUACUUUUAUUGCUUUUGCCGCUGCUGUUGUGGUUACCGCUAUCGCGACGCCGACACCGCCGCGGCGGGUGAUAUGCGUUUGCGGUUUGCGACAGCUCGUUAAGCUCGUAUCUCCGCAAGUGUACCUCACUGUUAACAUCCUUAUUGGCUGUUCUCGCUGGGAUUAA